AUGGAUGAUUACAUCAACGAGGCUCUCAAUCAAGGAGUUCUGAAAGCGGCCACAGUCAAGUUCGCUUACCCCUUGCCUCUGGUCCAGGCUGCUCUAGAAGAGCUCCGGGAGGCCCGUAUAUUCACCAAGUUUGACCUCCAAAGUGUGUUCAAUCUCAUGCAUAGCCAGGAAGGGGACGAGAGGAAAACGGCUUUCAUCACUCCUUCCGGUCACUAUGAGUACCAGUCAAUAUUUCUCUCACAGGCUCUGAGGGAACCAGCUAUUUUUGCUAAUCGAUCAGGCAGUGCCUCAGACACCCCUCAAGAAAAAGUGACUUUAGCCCAGGCUCGCCGUGGCACUCCAGCUCAUCGGCCCGUACGAGUGUAUGCCGACGGAAUAUUUGACCUCUUCCAUUCAGGUCACGCACGGGCUCUGAUGCAGGCCAAGAAUUUGUUCCCAAACACACAACUGAUUGUUGGCGUAUGCAGCGAUGCCCUGACACACAAAUAUAAAGGCUACACGGUGAUGACGGAGGAUGAGCGAUAUGAAGCCCUCAUACACUGUCGUUAUGUGGAUGAGGUGGUCCGUGACGCUCCCUGGACUCUCACUUCUGAAUUCCUAAAAAAACACAGGAUUGACUUUGUGGCACAUGAUGAUAUCCCAUACACCUCAGCGGGAUCAGAAGAUGUCUACAAACAUAUCAAAGAAGCAGGAAUGUUUGUGGCAACUCAGAGAACGGAGGGUAUCUCUACCUCUGACAUCAUCACACGCAUUGUUCGAGACUAUGACGUCUACGUCAGACGAAACCUGCAGAGAGGAUACACAGCACGGGAACUCAACGUUGGCUUCAUCAAGGAGAAAAAGUAUCGUCUGCAACAACAGGUGGACAGAAUGAAAGAGACGGUGAGGACAGUGGAAGAGAAGUCCAAACAUUUAGUCCACCGCGUUGAAGAGAAGAGUCACGACCUCAUCUACAAAUGGGAGGAGAAAUCUCGAGAGUUCAUCGGAAACUUCCUAGAACUGUUCGGUCCAGAUAAAGCCUGGCACAUGAUACAGGAGCGAAGUGGCCGCGUUCUCCAGGCUCUAUCUCCUUAUCAGUCUCCAAGUACCUCACCCAGUUCCAGUCCGACCAGAGGACGCUCCACAUCACCCGACAGCCACUGGCCCCUUCUCCGCUUCCGCUCACCACCACCCAAAGGAGCCUCCAUCAGCAGCAGUGAUGGUGACGAGGGGGACAAGUAGAUCCACAAUGGCAGUUUAAACAAACAAAUUGAGAUCUAAAACCAUUCUGAGAUAACAGAAGUCUCAAGAUCCAGACUUACCUCAUAAUUUUGUAGAAGAUAUUUUUAAAAAGUAGUGGUCACAUUUACUGUUUCUCUGGCAAUUUUUUGGGGGGCAAAACCUUGUCAUUCCAGUGGGAAUGGGGGCUUAGUGCAACAAACUUCUGUAAUCUGUAAAACUUAAGUCUUUUUUAAAUAUGGUUAAAGUUGCCAUCAAAGGAACCACCAAAGAUGAAAUGUCUGUCAUAUACAGACUAAUGUUAACAUUGUUUAAUUUGACUGUUCAAUAACAUGUUCAUAUAAAAAAAUGAUAAAACAGGAUCAAUAUAGAGAACUGGCUAGUUUAGCUGAUUAACUUAAUAGUCUAUAUUGGUGUCACACUGUUCUUACUACUGUUAAAAAGACAAUAUGUAAGAUAUGCAAAAUAUGCAAAAAACACUAGCAAAGGUUUGUAUAUUUUGCUGAUUUAUGUACUUGCAAAUGCUUCCUAGAAUGUUCAAAUCCAGAGAAAUAAGCCAUAUUAACUAGAGACAAAGACCAUGUCCUGUUUGACCAUGAUAAUGGCAUCAUACACUCUCGAUUCACGAUUUUAUAGAAAACUAGGGAACAACAAAGUUGCUUUAAUUAGUUGUGUUUUUUAUUAGAAAACACUGCUUCUCAACAUGUUCACAACUGGAAGAACUGGAAGGGGAUGUCUAUCGCGUAAUAAAUGCUUUGACAUACUUUUUAAAAGCAUAUUUUAGCUCAUACAUGAAGAUGAUUUUUGAAGGAGUCCUGUAGGAUACAAUGAAGACCACAACUCCAUGAUUCCACACUCAGCGUCAUGCGACAACAGCUUUGUUUGUUGUAAAUACGUGCCCUCUGGUGGCCAAAAUUACAUACUGUGCCUUUAAUCUAACAAUACAAGCUAAUAUCUUUAUAAUUGUUGUGUGAGCUUCUCUAUUCUAAAAGAAUUAUAGCCAUUAGUAAAACUUUACUGUUAAUGUUAUAUUUAUCUUUGAUGUACACGGGCCUUCGAAGUGAAUAUUAUAACUCUGUGGCCAUAAAUAUCAACCUUGUAUUAAACAGUUAUAUGAAACAAUUAGGAAUUAGCAACUAGAUAUUUUAUUAAAUGCUGCUUUGUUUCUGAUUAAAAUGAAAGAUGUAACACUGAUCUAUUGUAGUACAAUAUUUUGAUGUACUGGUUUGAUUAAGAAGCACAUUGCAAAAUAUGGUAUGACAUAACUGUGUAAGAAACAUAAAAACAAAUGACUUAUUUAACGUUAUGCUUAUGUAUUUGUUGAAAGUUCAUUUUAGCUAUUAUUUAAAAGCCUGUUUUAAGAGUUUCUCUUAUUACACACAUUAAACACAUUAUCAACCGACCACCCCAGCCACGGGGUAAUAUAUUUUCUGACAAAUGGGUUUUAAUCUAUUACUUUAUUAUGCUUGAUCUGAAUCUAAAAUUCACAUUAAAGUGCUUAUGCUA